AAGGCAGAUACAGUUUCAACUAAGAUUUCUCAAUCUGAGCUUUAUUUUUGAAGGCGUCACUUUUACUUCUGCUCUUACCUGGCUGGCUGUGAAAGCAAACAGGAAGACCUAGACAUGCAAGUUAAAUGUGCUGUCUUCUGGGAGGAUUGUGAACUUUCUGUAACACAUCUUCCUAGAUAUCUUCUGUGGAUUUUUACACAAGAGGAUAUUAAUAUUUCAGGUGUAACCACUGUACUUCAAGAUUAGAUUAGAUAAUUUCUGAUACCUAUUAAUACCAUCCCCAUGAAGGUUAAGGAUUUUACAUUCCUCUAUUCAAUGAAGACUCUUGCAGAAGCUCAGCACAGCAAAUGACAUGUUUUACACCUUCCUGUGAGGGCUAAGAAGGGCUCGCUGCAGCACACCUCCCUUCUCUUUGUUGUACAGCACUGCUCCACUGACAGUGGUUCAGCUCCUGAUGGAGGAGCAAACCGUUCCCAGCGAGGUGCCAGCAGCCCUAAAGCGCCUGGCCAAGUACAUAGUGCGUGGUUUCUAUGGUGUGGAGUGUUCCCUGGCUCUGGAUGUGCUGAUCCGCUACCCCUGUGUGAAAGAGGAUGACUUGUUACAGCUGCUCAAGUACGAGCGCAAGCAGCUGCGCACCGUCCUCAACACGCUCAAGGCGGACAAGCUGGUGAAGCUGCGGAUGAGAGUUGAAACGGGGCCCAACGGGAAGAGCACGAGGCACAAUUACUAUUACAUCAAUUACAAGGUGCUGCUGGAUGUGGUAAAAUACAAACUGGAUCAUGUACGCCGGAAAAUAGAAGCAGAUGAGCACGAUUCAACUACCAGACCCUCUUUUAAAUGUCCAUCCUGCUCUAGCACGUACACGGACCUUGAAGUCAAUCAGCUCUUUGAUGCAUUUACAGAGACUUUCCGCUGCACUUACUGCAACACUGAAGUAGAGGAAGACGGCUCGGCGUUUCCAAAGCACGAUGCUCGAACCUUGCUGGCAAAGUUCAACGAGCAGAUCGAGCCUGUCUUUGUGUUGCUGCGCGAGACUGAUGAUAUUGUGCUGCCCUAUGACUUGCUGGAGCCUCAGCCGACAGAAAUACCCCAAUUAUCAGAAAGCUUUGAUCUGAAGCCGGGCUCAAGUGUGCUGGAAUCCUGCAGCUGCCCUGAAAAAUGGGCACACAGAAGUUCUGCUUUUGGCCUUACAUACACCCAAAACAUAACUAUUGAUGUCCAAGACUCAAAGCCCAAGAAGAAAAGAAGAGAAAAAGCAACUGAAAAACAACCUAUCUGGUUGUCACAGAGCACUGUGGAAGGAGCAGCAACAGCCACCAAUAGUGCUGGAGUAAAUGCUUCUGAAGAAACUGAAGAAAAUGUUAAAGAAACUGUCACUGAUAAUGAAAUCAUCAAGACUCUUCUGAUCCAUGAAUCCAAGUCAUCAUCCUGCACAGACCAGGCUCCAACUGUGAAAAGGAAACUUCAUGGACCACAGAGUGGUAACAGUGAGUUUGAAGAGGAUGUCAAGCACUCAAGACAUGCAGGAAUGAAAGUACCAGGCAGCAACUUUGAACUAGAGGAGGAACAGGAAACUCUGGGUCCUAUUGUAAGGGUAGCUGGCCAGCCCUGUUCAUAUGGUGAAGUUAGUGAAAACCCAGAGCUUGUGUCUCUCAUGACAAGUGAAGAGAGAGACGCUUAUAUAAAAGUAGGACAAGAAAUGUUCCAGUCUGUCUUUGAGUAACUACUACUAUAGGAAUAUCCAACCUUAUAUAGAAUGGAUGAAGGCUUCUGAUUUAUGUUCUUCAAAGUUAAUCACUGAAGGGUUUUGUUUGAACUUGCUCUUAAGCAAGAUGGUAAUCCUGUAGUAGGUAACUACAGUUCAAAUAUUAUCAUUGCAGCCACAGCAAGUGUUGUUUGCUGUUGUAAUGCUUAGACUUGGUGGAUGAUGUAAUUAGUUUUGGAGCAUGAAUCAUUUCAGGAUACAUUUAGAUCUGAGUAAAAUGACAUCUGAAAAGCAGUGAUGCAAUCUAUAGUAAGAAAUAAAUUACUCCACCUUCCUCCCAGAAGUAACAGUUACUUCCAGUAGUGAAAAGGAUUCCAAAUCCAGUAUGACUUGGUUUCAUUCCAUACAUGUGUUCUACUAGUGUGUUAGGUCACUCACUGUACAACAUUAAAGGACAAGUGUCACACAGCAACCUCCUAAAGGAAGAGCUGUUACUAAAUUGCAUUAGCAAUUUAAGGUGAGAAGCAACUCUGGCCUCUGAACUUUCAUCCUAGGAAAAAUUUUCCAAAUUUUUGUACUUAGGGCACUACAGAAUCAUCUUGAGCGGUGAACUGUGCAAGGGCCAUUGGACAGCAAAAUGUUACAUUUUGUUCUGGUCCAGAUCAGUAAGGGAGCAAGCAAUGUAUCAAGCACAAGACUCUGCUUCUCACAUCUCACACCCCAGUGCUCUUUUUAAGCAAAAAACAAAUUCUGCUUGAAAUGAGCUACAUGAGUAGGCCUAGCAUUAAGCAUUACUGAGUUUUAUUUCUUCAGCAGUUCUACUACUUGAGCAAGGGAUAAUGAAAGUAGACUAGAAGGCCACAAAGCAAAACAUAGGAGGUUCCCUCUGAAUAUUAGGAAACACUUCACUUGUAAGGGUGACAAACACAGGCACAGCUUGCCCAGAGAGGUGGUAGUCUCCCAUCAGGAAGAUACUCAAAAGCCACCUGGGCAAACAGUGCCACUGCACUGCUGGUACAAGAUGACAUCAAGAAGGCCCUGCUGACUAUUCCAUAAUGAAACAGUAGACAGAAGGUAUGACCGAAGAAAUACCAUUUUGAUGCAUUUUUCAUCUACACAUACUGUGGGGCUUUGACUGGUGAUUUUCUUUUCAGUAGCUAGUGUUGGGCUGUUUUGAACCUCUGUUGAAAAUAGAUGUAGGUAACACAGAGAUGUUUUCAUUAUUGCUGAGCAGCACUUGCACAGAGUCCAGACUUUCCUGCUCAUUAUCCUGUGUCCCCAGUGAGAAGCCUGGGGAUGCACAGUUAGGACGGGACACUGCCAGGACAGCUGCCCAUCACUGACCACAGGGCUAUUCCACACCAUAGGGCGUCAUGCUCAGCAUCCUUCAAAAAAGAAGGAACAGGGGAUAGCUGGAGUAAUGACAUUUGUCUUCACAAGUCCUUGUUAUGCAUCAUGGAACCCUGUUUUCCUGGUGAUGGCUGAACACCUGCUUGCCAUUUUGCUUUGCUUGCAUGUGUAAGCUAUUGUGUUUACCUAUUAAUCUUUCUUUCAACUACAAAUUAUUGUGUUUUCACUCUUCCACUUCCCUCUCUGAUCCCACUGGUUGGGGUGUGAGCAACCAGCUGCUUGGUGCUCAGCUGGGGUUAAACCCACCAUUCCAAGUCAAGAAUUCAGGAAUGGGGGUACUCAGGUGUGUUGUAUUAAGAAACAUGGUAUAUUCCUGAGACCUACCCUCUGAUCUGUAGUGUGUUAGCUCCUUCCCCCCCUACUCCUCCCCUUUAAUUUUUUCCUAUUGGUUGUAACUUGUUUUCCCUUUCCCCUCUCCCCCUGUUCCAAAGACAGCAUGGGAUCAGAUUCUGUCUCUUUUCUACCCUGGACAAGUUCUGAUUAAAAGCUGGGACGCUGUUCCAGCACAAGAGAGAGCC